UACACCACACUUGCGCCUCACACACCGUUGAGGGUGCCCCAGCAGUGCACCCCACAGAGGCCCUCCCGUGUCUGUGCUUCAGCACCCCUGGCUGUGCUCAGGGCUGAGCAGGCACAGGAAAGCGCUGCAGGUUGAGUACAUCUCAUGGUACAGGGAAGGGGGCUUUCGUCAAACCUAAAAGAAACACAAGUAACUGUUGUCUGUGAUAAUAUCUUCACCUUUUGCUUUUUACUGCAAGCAUUAUCUAUCCCAGAUAAUAGCUGGGAAGAGAAAGAUCUGAACGCCUUGUUCUGGAUUGCAGGUUUCUGCUGUCAUGCCUGGAGUGAGGAUGCCUAGAGUGCAUAGCCACAGAGGGCACUGCAGGAGCAUAAGAAGCUGAAAAUACGGUGAUCUGCACUAGGAUGAGUCCCAUAACCUCCACAGCAUGGUACAGCCAUGGGAGGAAUGUAGAGCUGAGUGGUCAUAAGAGAAAGUAAGUAGCCAAGGAUUCCUGGUUGCUGAACCUGAUGUAACUGCACAGAUGGACCAAGGAGAAGAACAAGAUCAUGAGGCCUCAGAGGAGACACACAUGGAUGAUGAGCUAGGUCCCCUUCCAGAUCACCUUGCAAUCACAGAUCUUCAGGAUGUGUUGGCAGUGGGAUCCAGAGGAGGAGAGGAACAAUUGGAAAACAGUCAUGGAAGUCAGCAUGAUUCCUCAGGAGCUCAGCAGGGUGGGUGUGAGGAAGAAGGGAUGACUAAGCCACCUUAUUCUAAUAUCAGCCUGGUAAAAAGACAGGACAGAAGGACAUCAGCAGCCUCACAGCACACUCCUUGUGCAGGGCUACCCACCAUCUGCUCUGAGUGUGGCAGGGGCUUCAGUCGGAGCUUCCAUCUCAUCCAGCACCAGCGAAUGCACACUGGGGAGCGCCCCUUCCUGUGCGGGGAGUGUGGCAAGGGCUUCAGCCAGAGCUCCCAUCUCAUCCAGCACCAGUGGGUCCACACGGGCCAGAAACCCUACACCUGUGCUAAGUGUGGGAAGAGCUUCAGCCAGAGCUCCAACCUCCUCAAGCACCAGCGCAUUCACACGGGGCUCAAGCCCUACAUGUGCAGUGAGUGUGGCAAGAUCUUCAGCGACAGCUCCACCUGCAUCAAGCACCAGCGCAUGCACACAGGUGAGCGGCCCUACAAGUGCCCAGCCUGUGGAAAAAACUUCAGCCAACACUCCCACCUCCUUCAGCACCAGCGCACCCAUGACGGCAUUCGGCCUUACGCCUGUGGGCAGUGUGGCAAACAUUUUGGGCAGAGCUCUGACCUCAUUAACCACACUCGUACCCACACUGGUGAGAAGCCUUACAAAUGCAGCCAGUGUGGCCGGGGCUUCAGUGGCAACUCCAACCUCAUCAAGCAUACCUGUAUCCACACUGGGGAGCAGCUGUACCGCUGCACCCAGUGUGGGGAGAGCUUUCGUUUCCAGCCCCAGCUGGUAUGCCACCAGAAGCACCACACUGACUAGCUGGUGGAGUGGAGAAGGCUUUGCGGACCACAGGCAGCUACCUGGUGUUGAGAAGAUGCACAGCUGCUCCCUGGACACCUGAUACGGGACAUGAGUUUUGUGGAAGGAAGCUCUCAGAGCCUUGUCCCCUUGCAUUCUGGGUAACUGAACACUGUCCAGGCAGUUGAGCAGAGGGAGGCUGCUGCGAAACAAGCUGUGUUCACUGUGGUGCAGUGCUUGUUCUGAGCCCCUCUUUUGGGGAUAGGGAGAGGAAAGGUGCUUAUAUGGUAUGGUAUGUUCAAGGCCAGAGAAGAGAACAUAGGACUGGUGUCUUUCUCUGUUAUUUCUAGCAGGGAAUGGUUUUUAUCCCAGUAAAAAAGAGCUAAAAUCUGUACCUGUUUGCUGUACAAGGUUUGCUGUAGAAGCUGCCUGGGUUUUACCACAUGGUAAGGCCACAGCCUGGGAUGAUCACUCCCUUUAGAAUCCGCAUUUCCCACUUGCCAGUGGUCUUGGGUUUGGGUGACAUUAGUACCUAUUUAUUUUAAAGUCCCACAAGACUGCUGCAUGCCUCAGCAUACAUGUGCUUUCUUGGGAUGUCAUCUAUGGAGCAGUAUUUUUGCUGGGUUGUAUGGUUGUUACAUUGACAGUUCCACAAAUGACAGCUUACUCCUCAGCAGUAAUUAAGUUAAUUAACAUCCUUACGGGUAUUUCUCUCAGAUUCUUGUUUAGAUGCUUUUGUGGGUGGCACUUUAUGAAUGUUUUCUAUAAGGCUCCUAAAAGUAUUUAGGAUUACUUUUUUAAUUGUGGUGGUCUAAUUGUCAGUUGAUGAGCAGAAGAAGGAUGACAUUUGAAAAAUAAGCUAUGUCAAACUUUGAUUUUAUAUUAAAUGUUAAACAUUUU